AUGACCGAGAUAUUCUCCCCCAUCGAACAGGCCAUUGCCUCUUUCCGAGCCAACAAAUUCCUCAUGGUGUUAGACGAUGAGUCUCGUGAAAACGAAGCAGAUCUCAUAUGUGCGGCUGAAAACGUCUCUCCAGAACAAAUGGCGUUUCUCGUCAGACACUCUUCCGGCUACGUGUGUGCGCCCAUGACGAAUGACGUCGCCGACCGACUCGAUCUCCCGCUUAUGCGGAACCUGGAGUGCACGUCGAACGCCGACGACCGCCAUGGCACCGCGUACACGAUCACGUGCGACUUCGCCGAUGGCACCACAACUGGCAUUUCGGCGCACGACCGAGCUCUGACGUGCCGCAAGCUUGCCGAGCCCGCGUCCGGUGCGCUGGAUUUUUUGAAACCGGGUCAUAUAGUGCCUCUAAGGGCUGUCCAGGGCGGAGUCUUACAAAGAGGCGGCCAUACUGAAGCCGCGGUCGAUUUAUGUUUGCUUGCCGGUAAGCAGCCCGUGGGCGUUAUCUGUGAGCUUGUCCGCGACGAGGACGGCUCCAUGAUGCGUCUCGACGAUUGUAUCCGUUUCAAACAUCAAUUCGGCAUCGAAAUUAUCACCAUAGAACAACUUCAAAAUUAUUUGCGCGAGUUGCGCGCAUGA